UUACAAAAUUGCCCCCGAGCUGCGGUGAUUUAAAAAUCGGUCGAAUGAGGUAGCAUUUUAGAGAAAAAACCCUCGAUCUCCGACUCCUCGAGAAUUUUCUCCCCAAAUCUCUUCAAUCCAAAAGGUCCGAUUCCCCAGUUCGUUCGAUUUCGAAGGAGAUCAGAUGGCGUCAAAGCUGCAGUCUUUGAAAUCAAAGGCGUGUCAAGCCUCCGAGUUCGUGGCCAGGCACGGAUCUGCUUACUAUAAGCAGACGUUGGAGAACAAUAAGCAGCACAUUGUGCAGCCGGCGACCGUCGAGAAGUGCCAGGAGUUGUCCAAGCAGUUGUUUUACACUCGGCUCGCUAGUAUUCCUGGCCGUUACGAGGCAUUCUGGAAGGAGUUGGAUGGUGUGAAGCAAAUCUGGAAGAAUAGAAAGGAGCUCAAAGUUGAAGAUGCUGGUGUCGCCGCUCUAUUUGGAAUUGAAUUAUAUGCUUGGUUCUGUGUCGGUGAGAUUGCAGGAAGAGGUUUCACAUUCACCGGCUACUACCCUUGAACAAAAUGCAUCUUCGGAUGAAAUGUCUCGAUUUUUCCUUGUUUAUGUUUGUUCUCAUUUGAGGUGCUUUUUAAGUUCGUGACCUCAUUUUUACAUGCGGAAAUGUCAUCGCCCCAUGAAAAGUUUUGAGAAUGUUUGUCAAUAAUUUGGUGGCAUGUUAUAUUUAUCUUUAUACUCUUGUAUGAGACCAGCGCAAUGUUUCUGACUUUCGCAUUCUUCCUAUGCAUAACCAUUAUCAAGGUAAAUUGUGGUUGGGACUGUGA